AUGCCUGGUGAAAUAAUUGACAGACCAAACCCUCCACCGUCUCGUUCACAUCUGCCUCCCGCACUUUUGGAACUUUCAGUAAAACUCGAUAUCAAAAAUGCGCUCUCAAACGAAGAUAUUUCAGCUCUUCAGAAUUUCCGGAGAGCAGCGAACUAUAUCGCGGCAGCUAUGAUAUUUUUGCGCGACAACACACUACUGGAGAAGGACCUUACUCCAAGAGACAUUAAGCCGAGGAUUCUAGGCCACUGGGGAACCUGUCCAGGAUUAACUCUGGUUUACUCACAUUUAAAUAGAGCAAUUGAGAAAUGGGGAUCCGAGAUGCUAUUUGUGAUCGGGCCAGGACACGGAGCGCCAGCUAUUCUAGCGUGUUUAUGGCUAGAGGGUGCAUUAACGCAUUUCUACUCAGAACAGUAUUCGUUGGACAGAAAGGGCCUAAACAACUUGAUAACGGGGUUUUCCACUCCUGGCGGAUUCCCGAGUCAUAUCAACGCGCAGGUCCCAGGAAGUAUUCAUGAGGGCGGCGAGCUUGGGUAUGCAUUAGCUGUUGCUUUUGGCGCAAUUAUGGACAAGAAGGAUUUGAUAGUUCCUGUUAUUAUUGGAGAUGGGGAGGCCGAAACUGGCCCUACUGCGACGGCAUGGCAUGGGUAUAAAUACAUAGAUCCUGUAGAGUCAGGCGCGAUAUUGCCGAUUGUUCAUAUAAAUGGCUUCAAGAUCAGUGAGAGGACAAUAUAUGGAUGUAUGGACGAUGAAGAACUCGUCGCUCUAUUCACUGGUUAUGGCUACCAGGUUCGCUUCGUUGAAGACCUUGAGAAUAUUGACCGUGACCUCGCCGCCUCAAUGGAUUGGGCAAUUUCUCAAAUUCAGCAUAUUCAGAAAGCAGCUCGAUCUGGAAACCCAAUUGUAAAGCCCCGUUGGCCAGUCAUUCUUCUACGCACUCCGAAAGGCUGGGGAGCACCUAAGAAAGUCCACGGGAAAUUCGUAGAGGGUUCUUUUCACUCCCAUCAGGUACCGCUACCAAAGGCUAGCAGUGAUAAAGAGGAGCUUGGGCAACUCCAGGAGUGGCUAAGAGAAUAUCAACCGGACACACUGUUCAAAAGGGAUGGAUCUCCAAGUGAUAAUGUUACAAAGAUAAUUCCCAAGGACGCAUCAAAGCGGAUGGGUGUGAUCAAAGAUGCCUUUUCUGGAUACAAACCGCUUGACCUUCCUGAUUGGAUCGAGAUGGGUGAGGAAAGAGGACAGGAAGUUAGCAGUAUGAAAGCUGUUGGAGAAUUACUUGACCAGGUCCUGCAGAGAAAUCCAAGUGACAUGAGAAUUUUUAGUCCUGACGAGUUGGAGAGUAAUAAAUUAGACGCAGUGUUGAAGCACACUGGAAGAAAUUUCCAGUGGGAUCAAUAUUCUAGGCAGAACGGUGGGAGGGUAAUUGAAAUUUUGAGCGAGCACACGUGUCAAGGUAUGAUGCAGGGUUAUACGCUUACGGGAAGAUCUGCUGUGUUCCCAUCUUAUGAGAGCUUCCUAGGAAUUAUCCACACCAUGAUGGUGCAAUACAGCAAAUUUAGAAAAAUCGGCCGAGAGACCGUCUGGAGAAAGGAUACAGCAAGUUUGAAUUACGUUGAGACCAGCACAUGGGCUAGACAAGAACACAAUGGGCAUUCACAUCAAAACCCAUCUUUCAUCGGAGCUGUUUUAAACCUUAAGCCAGAAGCGGCGCGAGUAUAUCUUCCACCAGACGCCAAUUGUGCCCUCUCCACAAUGGCCCACUGCCUUCGAUCGCGUAACUACACCAACCUUAUAGUAGGCUCAAAACAACCCACACCUGUCUGGCUUUCCCCCUCCGAGGCCGAUUCGCAUUGCAAGGCUGGUGCUUCAAUUUGGAAAUUUGCAUCCACAGACGAAGGCCUAAACCCUGAUGUUGUGCUGUGCGGGAUUGGCACAGAGGUUACUUUUGAAGUUAUUGUUGCCGCAUCGUUACUUCGAAAACUAGUCCCGGAGAUCAGAGUUCGUGUUGUCAAUGUGACGGAUUUGAUGGUACUUGGUGCGGAGAAUACACACCCGCAUUCCCUGGACGAUCCUGCUUUCAAUGCAAUUUUUACAAAAGAUAGGAAUAUUCAUUUCAACUACCACGGAUAUAUAACAGAAUUGAAGGGGAUGUUGUUUGGAAGGCCCAACCCGGAGAGGGUAAGUAUCGAAGGAUACAGAGAAGAAGGAAGCACCACUACGCCUUUUGAUAUGAUGUUAUGCAAUCACGUAUCAAGAUAUCAUGUCGCCAUUCAAGCCGUCAAAGGUGCUGCCAAGUUCAACGAGAAGGUCAGUGUGAAGCUGAUAGAGCUCGUGGCGGAGCUUCAACAUAGCAUCAAAAAACACCAGGAGUACAUCCUAAAGCACCAGGAGGAUCCAAAGGACACUUAUGACUUGCCUUGCUUCGAGUAG